CUUCCUGCUUCACAUUUCACUAACACCCACUCAUGCAGCUGGGUGUAGCGUUUCAGAGCAUGAGCAUCAUGGCUGGGAGGGUUCGUACAAGCCAUCUGCUCCUGGUUGCUCUGUUAAGCCGCAGUGUCCAUUGCUUUCCUGCUAAAGCUUUAUCCCCCUAGGUUGGAGCCAGAAUGAUCCUGCUUAUGAGGACACCUUCACAAACAUGGAGCAGUCUCCAAGCCUCUAUUAUGGUUCAUCCACAACUGCUGUUACCCAGCCUACCAGUAACAACCAAAAUGUUGGCUUCCCUCAGUAUGCCGUUUCAGCCGCAUAUGAACCAGCAGAGGAAGUGUACUCGGCAGAGACUUACCAAACGAGUUAUUACCCUACUUUCAAUAACCCUGCUCCACACCUGUCCAGUGUAGAUUCUGGCUGGGAUCCUGAGGAGGAACCUCCUACCAGCCAAUCAGUGUCCAGAACGUCUGAGCCCAGGCCUAACAUGUUCCUUCCUCCCCCUCCACCAACUAAGUUCCAGGCAGGUGAACUAGCUCACAUGGAACAAAUCUAUGAUCAUGGAAAUUCAGAGCAUGAAACAGAGGAGCAGAGUUACAUGCCACCACCACCACCACCACCUCCCUUCCCAGGACCUAGUAAUCCAGAGGGCUUCCAGGCUGGUGAGCUGACCCACUUUUCAUCAAUUUACGAGCAUGGAGAUGAGGAGAGAGAAACUGAAGAGCAUUUCCUGCCAAUGAUUCCCUACAAGAUGGCUCCUCAACCAGUAGAAUCCCCGAACCAGAAGUCAGUCAAUGUACCUGACCCAGAUAAUCUUGAGGUUCCUGAAGUCCCUGCGCCACCUGUCUCUCAAAUGCUAAGGCCAGUUCCAGGAAGCCAUUACUACCUCUUUUUGACUGGUCAGCUCCCUCCCGGCACAGUCACACAUUACCAGUCUGAUUAUGAGCAUGGCAGAGACCACUGGAGUGAUUUCCACUAUGAGAGACACCACUUCCCUAUCGACCCACCUCCGAGCAGCCCCGCUCAAAAACAGGAUUUCCCCAGUGACUCUAGCUUUAUAUACCAGCACCAGGAGCCUCCCCAGCCACCAUCAACUCAACCUGGACAUGAAGCUCGCUUUGCAACUAAGAUGUAGAAAUUAGUUAAUGUGACCGGUAAAGCUUGGUGAGGGUAAUUUUGCUGUUAAAAUGGACUCAAGUAGUCAAGACAACUUGAAUAAAAAAAUUUUAAACUGAA